AUGGCUCCAGACCGGGGAUCCGCAUCGCUGGAAAACGAAAGAGAUGGGCUUGGUGAAGAGGUGGAUGGUCAUGCUCUCGGUCGCAGUACGACGGGUGCCCGCAGGUACCUGGCUGAGCAGGCAGAUCAGCCGCAAAACUUCACGCUGAGGGGUGUUUUGGUGGGCUUGGCGAUUGGUGUUGUGAUAUGUUUUUCCAACAUGUACUUUGGGCUGCAGACGGGUUGGGUUUCUGGCAUGGCGAUGCCUUCUGCUCUGAUUGGAUUCGCGUACUUCAAGGUCGUUGCUAGGACGCUCAAGUUGCCGUUCACGCCCGUGGAGAAUGUUUUGGUUCAAUCAGUCGCUGGAUCGGUCGGCACCAUGCCUCUCGGAUGUGGAUUUGUUGGCGUGAUUCCUGCGCUGAACUAUCUGUUGACGCCUGAAGAGAAUGGACCACUGGACAUCAGUUUGUGGAAACUGAUCGUGUGGUCUGUUGGCAUCUGCUUCUUUGGAGUAGUGUUUGCAGUGCCUCUGCGGAAAGAGAUGAUCAUCAGAGAGAAGCUGAAGUUCCCUAGCGGUACUGCGACUGCGCUACUAAUUAGAGUGCUGCACGGAGAUGAGAAAUCAAAGACGAUGAUGGCACGCGAAGGAAACCAGGACAGAGACGAUCCAUCCAACGAUGGAGAGACACAAGGACUGUUGCAAGGUUCAAGCGCGCAGCGAGAAGAGCAUGACCUCAGGCCAUCCAUGGACGACAGCAUGAAGGACCCAGAUCAAGAGCUCGGAGAAGACGGAGACUGGAGAUCGAAGAUUAGGCUAUUGCUGAUCUCGUUCGGAGGAUCCGCGCUAUAUACUGUCGUAUCGUACUUCCUCCCGCAGCUUCACGAUAUACCCGUCUUCGGCCUUUCUUUGGCGCAGAACUGGCUCUGGACCUUGAAUCCAUCCCCUGCAUACGUCGGUCAAGGUAUCAUCAUGGGCCCUGCUACGACACUACACAUGCUUCUUGGUGCUAUCAUAGGAUGGGGCAUUCUGUCGCCUCUCGCAAAGCACAAAGCGUGGGCACCAGGGCCAGUGUCGGACUGGACCAACGGCUCAAAAGGCUGGAUUGUCUGGAUCUCUCUCGCCAUCAUGUUAGCAGACUCUCUAGUCAGUUUGGGAUGGCUUCUUCUACGCCCCGUCGUCACGAUUGCCAGAGCUUACUACCCAACCGCGAAAGAGAACUUCCAGUCGCAUACCUGGAAGGAGAUCUUUACACUCAACAUCACGUCCAAGCCACAGUAUACCCAGCUCAGCGACGGCACAUCCGUCAAUCCCUUGGAAACAAUCAAACAGCACUUAGCUGAAGGCAAUGAGCCUGACGCGCCGCCGGAGCACCUCGUCUCAAACCGCACCACCAUCAUCGGCCUCAUCGCAUCCCUAGUCCUUUGCGUCAUCGCAGUCCACGUCUCAUUCCCCAACCUCAUCCCCCUCCGUCUUACCCUACUAUCACUCGUCCUCGCCCUCGUCCUAUCCAUCAUGGGCGUCCGCGCCCUCGGCGAAACCGAUCUCAACCCCGUCUCCGGCAUCUCAAAGCUCACACAACUCGUCUUCGCGCUCGUCACUCCGACUACGGGUCCUGGCGCCAAAAACGCAGUCAUCAUCAACCUUGUCGCGGGCGCAAUCUCCGAGUCCGCGGCCCUACAAGCAGGUGAUCUGUUGCAGGACCUUAAAUGCGGCCAUCUCCUUGGCGCGGCGCCGAACGCGCAGUUCUGGGGUCAGAUGAUUGGGUCUGCGGUUGGUGCUGUGUUGUCUGCUGUUGUGUAUAAGCUUUACACGAAUGUUUACACGAUUCCUGGUGGCCUGUUCGAGGUGCCGACGGGAUAUGUAUGGGUCUUUACUGCGCGGUUAGUGACUGGGAAGGGUCUACCGCCCAUGGUCAAGGAAUGGGCUAGUGGGGCGGCUAUCAUCUUCGCCGUGGGUACGAUGGUCAGAGUGUGGGGUAACAGCAGAAAGCAGAGGGGUCUCAGUGGGUGGUGGAUUGACUUUGUGCCUGGUGGUAUUGCUGUUGCUGUUGGCAUGUAUAACACGCCUUCUUUCACGUUGGCGCGUACAAUUGGCGGCUUGCUCAGUCUGUGGUGGCGCCGCUGGAAGGGUCGGAGUGAGACGCCUAUCAUUGUGCUUGCGAGUGGGUUGAUUCUCGGGGAAGGUCUGUUCAGUAUUGUGAACUUGUUAUUGGCGAGUCUCAAGGUACCUCAUUUGUAG